CUUGAAUGCACCUCAUGGGUCAACACCAGACAUGGAUAGGUCACAAACUCACAAUUAGGUCCUAUAGUGCAUGCCAAAUGCAGGCCUGAUUCCACUAAUGUAUCCCCUGGAGGUUUUGGACAAGAUGAAGGGUGGCAGCGUCUAAGAUGAAGGAAGCGAUUGGAUUUUUAGUGUUCGUUUGGUUUUUGCUAUGUGGGUUUUGUGUGGGGAGGUUUGUGGUGGAGAAGAACAGCUUGAAAGUGACUUCCCCAAACUCAUUGAAGAAUGUUUAUGAAUGUGCAAUUGGGGAUUUUGGGGUUCCUCAGUAUGGAGGAACCUUGGUUGGGACUGUGUUUUAUCCCAAGGCUAAUCGAAAAGCAUGCAGGAGUUUCGGAGAUUUUGGUAUCUCAUUCAAAUCAAUGCCUGGUGGAUUGCCUACCGUUAUUCUUGCGGAUCGAGGAGAUUGUUACUUCAAAUUGAAGGUUUGGAAUGCACAAAGUGGUGGAGCUGCCGCUAUUCUUGUUGCAGAUGACAAAAUUGAACCAUUGAUUACCAUGGACGACACUCCUGAAGAUCUUCCUGAUUAUCUGCAGAAUAUUACAAUUCCCGAGGCCCUUAUCAGCAAAUCUUUGGGGGAUAGCAUUAAAAAAGCUCUAUCUGAUGGGGAAAUAGUCAGCAUUAAUCUAGACUGGAGAGAGGCUCUUCCACAUCCUGAUGAGCGUGUUGAGUAUGAGUUCUGGACAAACAGCAAUGAUGAGUGUGGACCAAACUGUGACAACCAGAUUGAUUUUGUGAAGAACUUUAAAGGAGCUGCUCAGGUACUUGAGCGGAAGGGGUACACACGGUUUACUCCACACUAUAUUACUUGGUACUGCCCAGAAGCUUUUGUUUUGAGCAAACAGUGCAGGGCUGAGUGCAUCAAUCAUGGGAGGUACUGUGCUCCAGAUCCCGAACAGGAUUUUAGCAAAGGUUAUGAUGGGAGAGAUGUUGUGGUUCAAAAUCUCCGUCAAGCUUGCUUCUAUAAAGUGGCCAAUGAAAGUGGAAGGCCAUGGCUUUGGUGGGACUAUGUGACUGCCUUUGCGAUUCGAUGCCCAAUGAAAGAGAAAAAGUACAAUGCUGAGUGUGCAAAUCAAGUUAUUGAAUCCUUAGGUGUCGAUCUUAAGAAGAUAGAGAAAUGUAUUGGGGAUCCUACAGCAGAUGAGGAGAAUGCAGUUCUAAAGGCUGAACAGGAUUUACAGAUUGGCAAGGGCACCCGUGGAGAUGUUACCAUAUUGCCAACUCUUAUUAUAAACAACAGACAGUACAGAGGAAAACUGGCCAAAGGAGCUGUUCUCAAGGCCAUCUGUGCUGGUUUUCAAGGAACUACUAAGCCUGCUGUGUGUUUGACUGAAGGAGAAGAGGGUGAACAUCGCACGGACUUUGUACCUGAAGAGUCUGUUGUCAGUAAUGAUGACAUCAAGGUCGAUAAGGAGAGCAUUGACAUGCUUUCUGCUCUUGUCAUGUCUGAAAUUCCUCGGGUCUCAGAAGUUGAGCCGCAGGUUGUGGUUCCUAGCCAAGGAUAUGGACGGGGUCCACAAGGAAUUAGGAGGUUCGGUAUAAAUACACCAUCUUCUUACUUGUUUAUGGAGAACAUAUUUGGAGAUGGAGGACUGUGGAAAGAGUUUAAGCUGGGUUUGAGUUUUUCAUUUGGUGAUUCAAAACAAGGAAGUAGAAACCAAUGAGUCCCUCGAAAGCGAUGGAGGUUGCUGCCAGGAUAAAAGCUUCUAACUUCACUGCAUGCAGGGUUUCCCUAUUUUCAUAGCAUUCCUUUGUGUGAUACAAUAAGAUAUACAUGCCUGUUAAAUCCGAUGUGAUUUCGGAUGCUCAACGAAUUAUUUGUAUGAGAAAUUUUCAGGUAUUGUUUUAGAGUGGUAUUUAAUUUUUAAAUAUUUAAAUUAUCUUUUACGAAUUAUAUAUAAUGGUGUACGAGAUGACGUACUAAGCCA